AUGUCGACCUCAUUAUUCGUGCUUCCCGCUCUGCUACUGGCGGCAGCAGCAGCCACCAGCAAGACGGUUGUGGAGAGCCUCGUCAUGGCUCCUAGCUGCCAGUCGAGCUGCGGCGGCGUGGACAUCCCCUACCCUUUCGGCAUCGGCAGCGGCUGCUUCCGCAAGGGCUUCGAGAUCGACUGCAUCAACAACGGCCCAGUGCUAGCCGGCACCACCCUUCAGGUGGUGUACCUUUCAGUGGAUCCCGCGGAGUCGCUGGUGAUGCUCCCCGUCGCGUGGCAGUGCUACAACGCCUCCAAUCCAGGGGAAGCCGAGGACUACAGCAAUGGCGAGACAGGUAUGAACAAGGACGGCGUGUACCGCAUCUCGUACACGCACAACACCGUCAUCGUCCUCGGCUGUAACACCUUUGCAUUCACGGCGAGCGCGAGGACCGACGACGGCGGAAGCGCGGCCUCCUACCCCAACAUCAAAGGGUGCAUGUCCUACUGCAACAACUCGGCGAGCGCCGAGGACGGCAUGUGCGCCGGCGCCGGGUGCUGCCACGUCGACAUCCCGCCGGGGCUCACCGACAGCUACUUCAAGUUCUGGGCGUACGACCACUCGGCCAUGAUGGAGUACAGCCCCUGCGACUACGCAUUCCUCGUCGACAGGACCAACUACACCUUCAGGCGCUCGGACCUGCUCCUGGACAGGAACCGGACCUCGCCGGUGCGGCUAGACUGGGCCAUCCGCGACAACGACGACGACACCGUGCCCGACGCCGUAUUGUCGUGCGCUAGCGCGGCCAGGAGCACCACCACGGAGUACGCCUGCGUCAGCGAUCAUAGUGAGUGUGUUGACUCCAUCAAUGGGCCGGGCUACAGCUGCAGCUGCUCCGAUGGCUACGAGGGCAACCCCUACGUUGUCAACGGGUGCACCAGGUUUUGGCCCAGCUCCACUAUGCCGCCGCCGAGUACAGUACGGCGACGAUGGACGACGAAAACAAUCUGA